UCAUAGGUCAUUAGACGUGGUUGGUUGCUGGUUCCUUGCGUCACAUCGUCCGCGUUAGAACCGACUGAACCGCUGUCCAUUAUCAUUUAUUCGUUCCAGAAUUUACUGUAUUAUUCAGUAUCGUUCGUGUUCUUCGGAGUGGCGUUGUAAAUAUGUGAUAAAAUGUGAUCGUUUUGUUGUUGUUUUCAUUUAUCUGUUCCCCAAAAUACCGAAGGAAUUCUUUUUAUGACAAUUCCCGUUGUUGCGUUUCGUUGAUAUAAAGAACACGUGUUGUUUUGCUCGGUUAUGUUGUUCGUUGAUCGUGACUCAGAUUGUUUUCGUUUUAAGUUAGUGCAACAGAGUUGGCGUUAUAUUGCUCGAUUGUUGUUUGUUUGCCAGUAACAGUUUUAACCUUAAAAUGUAAUAAAUACUUAUUACCUGUACACUGGUGCAGUUUUUACGUAUGCCGACUUUUGUCGCAUACCUCCGCUAUUUUACUUUUUUCUUCGUGAAAGUGGAUAACUACCUACAUCAUUUUAACGCAUACAGGUGGAUGUAAUGGAAUACGUUUAUUUAUUUCAAAUUUUUAUCCUUGUUUUUCAAGAGUUGAUCAAGGAGCCCACGACGUCAUCGGCCAAUGGUGAAGCGCCAUAGGGCAACACUUGCACGAAUACAUGAAGGAAAUCUGCAACACUGACAACAAGAAGACUGAAAACACUCGAGAAUAAAAGUACAUUUGUAUAAGUAAAAAAAGUGCAGAACCGUUGUUUUUAAACAUAAGUAAAUAUUGGAUUGUACAAGCAAGGAAUUGUAAGAAAAACUAUCUUCAAUUCUGUAUCAAAAGUAGAUUAAUUAACUUUAGAAGCGGGUAAGCCAACAAAGAAAAAAAAAACAACAAAACAACAAAGAGCUAAAAAACGAUUUUGAAGGAGGAGAUUUGGAUUUCUACUGCCGAUUAAUUGAUUUACUUAUUUAUAUACAUUCCAUAUUGGAGUAAGAACGCAAAAAGGCCUUCCAAUUUGUAAGAGCUUCAUAACUUCAACAUUUAACUACGUUUGGAGUGAUAAGAGUUUAUAAAAACUACUAUUUGCACAGCCACCCACGUAUUAUCAUCAUCGAACCCUGCAUCAAUUCGAUCGAUUCUGAUUAAUCGUCGAUAUUACCUUUCGUCGCGAUUUUGCGAGUGUCCGUUAAUUGUUGUCUUCGUGCUUGCGUCCGGUGUCUUCGGUAGUGAUAAACGAUCGAAGUGUGUGUUGGUCAGUCACUCAGUAGGUGAUUCCGAUCGUUUGUUGUUUGGCGCGUAUCCAGGAAGGCGCUUGGCGAUCGUUGCCAAAUUGUUGGAUCGAAUCGGCAGCAUCGGCUCCGGCAGCCGCCUCCUCGUGUCCGCGUCGACGAAGUUCCGUAGCCGUGGUGGGCGCAACAGUGGCCGCGUAUAUGCGCAUCUGCUUCGGCCCGUUUUGUUUUUCCUCCUCGCGGCUUCAAAACGCCGACGAGGACGGUGCCGCGGAACACGGUGGUGGUUCCGACGGCCGCCAGCACGCGUUCGCCCAAAGACAGGUGCCUCUCGCCACUAUUGUCGCCGUCAACGGUAACGCUGCCACUGUCGCGAACAUGGGUUCCGCGUCCGUGCAGCAGCUACAAGGACUUCUUCAGGCCAAAGAAGAAAAAAUUCGGCAACUCGAGACAUUGUUACGCUCCCGCGAGGAAGAAAUAUUGGAUUUAAAGUCUCACCUGGACAAGUUCCAGAGCGUGUUUCCGUUUCAUCUGAACGCGGUUAGUCCGAAACACAAAGCGCUGAACAAUAACGUGAGUGUGCGGCCGAGAAAACAAAGAGCUGGGAUUUCAGCUGAACCACAAACAGAAGCUUCUUUGCAGCAACUUGCCAAGCAGACGUUCCAAACUUAUGACAAGGACGAACGGUAAGCUUUUUCUUAUUGUUUU